UGCCUUCACUGUAAAAAAAAAAAAAAAAAGAGAGAAAAGGGGGGAGCUAUAGAGAGAGAGGGAGAGGUAAAGCAAGGUUGAGCGAGCAGCAGCCACACAGACGAGAGAGAGAGAGAGAGAGAGCGCGCGAGGGGGGGGGAGCAGUUAAUGGAGAAGGCUACAACUGCGCACAAACAGAGAUUUGAUCAGUGACUUUGACUCGCUGGUGCUGGUCAGUGCGCACCGGAGCCGCCCGAUACGAACGCGCCCCGCGUUGCCCCGCGUUGCCCCGCACUACUUGUUGAGCGGCCCGAGACACGCGCAUUCUUUACUUUUUCUUUUUUUUUUUCUUCUUUUCUUUUUGGUAAGAGGGAGAAGUUCGGGAGCUGUGCUCGUGGGGACUGCAUUCCACUUUGGACGUAUUUAUAUGACAAUCACCUUUUGCGGCAUUUGCAAUGUGGGGUGAUCGGAAGCAAGCGCAGAACCUGUGGAUUUAACCUCCCCUUAAAAAAUAGAGACACACGGAUUUGGGACUGCUUCUUUCUCACCUUGACCUGUACCGGCUUGCUCCGGCGCGCAUGAAUAUUUACUAAAGAGAGACAAAAAAAAGAAAGAAGAAUACACGGAGAAGCAAAGCGAUGGAAGUAAGUGCGGACCAGCCACGAUGGAUGAGCCAUCAUCCCGCGGUGUUGAACGAGCAGCAUCCCGGCUCACACCACCCGGGCCUCGGCCACUCAUACAUGGACCCUUCGCAGUAUCAGCUCGCUGACGAUGUGGAUGUACUGUUUAAUAUCGACGCACAGGGAAACCACGUCUCUCCGUACUAUGGGAACUCGGUGCGAGCCGUCCAGAGGUACCCUCCUCCUCCACACAGUAGCCAGGUGUGCCGUCCUUCGUUACUGCACGGCUCCCUGCCCUGGCUGGAGGGGGGCAAAGGCAUCGCGCCGCACCACAGCACUUCUCCCUGGAACCUGAGCCCCUUCCCCAAGAACCCCCUGCACCACGGCUCCCCGACCAGCCUGUCCGUCUACCCCCCGGCCUCCUCCUCCUCCUUGUCCACCGGUCACUCCAGUCCACACCUCUUCACGUUUCCCCCGACCCCGCCGAAAGACGUGUCCCCGGACCCGGGUAUAUCCAACCCGGGGACCAGCUCCGGGCGGCAGGAGGAUAAAGAGUGCAUAAAGUACCAGGUGACCCUGGCCGAGAGUAUGAAACUGGAGUCGGCUCACAGCCGGAGCGUGGCAUCAAUCGGAGCAGGGUCAUCCUCUGCCCACCACCACCCCAUCGCCACAUACCCAUCCUAUGUGCCCGAAUACGGCCCAGGCCUCUUCCCACCAAGUAGCCUGAUAGGUGGGUCACCUUCUAGUUAUGGUUCCAAAACAAGACCAAAAGCAAGGUCCUGUUCAGAAGGUAGAGAGUGUGUGAACUGCGGGGCCACGUCUACUCCGCUGUGGAGGCGGGACGGUACGGGUCACUAUCUGUGUAACGCCUGCGGACUCUAUCACAAGAUGAACGGGCAGAACCGGCCUCUCAUCAAACCCAAGCGGCGGCUGUCCGCGGCCAGACGGGCGGGGACGUCGUGCGCAAACUGCCAGACGACCACGACGACGCUGUGGCGGAGGAACGCCAACGGGGACCCGGUGUGUAACGCGUGCGGCCUGUACUACAAACUGCACAAUAUCAACCGACCUCUGACCAUGAAGAAGGAAGGCAUCCAGACCAGGAACAGGAAGAUGUCCAGCAAGUCCAAGAAGAGCAAAAAGUCCCAGGACGGCAUGGACGACUUCUCCAAGAGCCUGAUGGACAAGAGCAGCUCCUUCAGCCCGGCCGCCCUGUCCCGUCACAUGUCCUCCUUCCCCCCCUUCUCGCACUCCGGCCACAUGCUGAGCACCCCCACACCCAUGCACCCCUCCUCCGGCCUCUCAUUCGCCCCCCACCACCCUUCCAGUAUGGUCACAGCCAUGGGUUAGGCCUCCACCCCCCCGCCUCCCCCGCGCGCCGUGGGCCUCGCCGCCACACCCCUCGGUACCUCUGCUUCUACGUCCC